AUGAGCACCCAGCGGGCGCCGCAGGCUCGGAGGUUCCCCGUCGAGGCAGGUGACUGUCCCAGCUCGGCUGUGCCCCCCGAAACGCAGGAGCUGGUAGGCGCCGAGUGCUCUGUGGGAAGCCCCAACGUCCCCAUUGACGUGUUCAUCGCCAUGGGAGGGAGCGGCAGGCCUCGCACCACCUAA